AUGGAGAUUCUUAAGCGCCAUAGAAUUCAACACUCUCUGUGUGUAGCUCUUGCUUUUCUUCAGUUCUCGUCACUGCAGUUCCCCUCACUCGGGUACAACGUCCCAGAUAAGUACUUUAUCAAUUGCGGGUCAGACAACAGUGUUACCGAGAGUGGAAAGGUUUACGUUGGUGAAUCAAGCCUUGGAACCAGUUUUGGUAGCAGCAGCAACACAGAAAAGAAUGAGUCAUCGGUGCCUUCUCCUCUAUACCAAACAGCAAGGAUUUUUAGAGGGGACAGUGGGUAUAAGUUCAACAUCGAUACAAAUGGCACCUACCUGGUACGCCUCCAUUUCUUUCCUUUCUCUUCCCCGAGUAAUCUUUCCUCGGCCAGGUUCAACGUUUCAGUUCCUGGUUUCUGGUUGUUGCAAAAUUUUACUGGUACAAAUGACACCAAUAACAACUCCGCUUUAGUAAAAGAGUUUUUCAUGCAUAUCACUUCCACCAGCUUGAAAAUAACUUUCAGACCUCUGUCAUCAUCAUUUGCGUUUGUUAAUGCUAUAGAACUCUUCGUACUACCCCUCCAUUUGAUCUCCGAUGCUGUGGCGCGUUUCACUCCUAUUGGAGGUUUAUCUACCUACAGCGGAGAUUUGUACUCUCGGGUGUUGGAGACCAAAUAUAGGCUUAAUGUUGGUGGCCAAGCUACCAAAGAUAUGUUAUUGAGAAACUGGAUUCCAGAUGAUAUUUAUCUCUCUUAUCCAGUAAACGCCAAGAACCAUUCCCCUUACCAGGAUCAAAUUCGGUAUCAUGUAGGUGAUGACUCCAAUGGUCCAAACGCGACUAGAAUUACUGCACCAACUGAGGUGUAUGGAACUGCUAAAGAGACUAAUAACAUCUCUGACAGUGCCAGAGACUUUGGACUUUUAAACAUAACAUGGGCUCUUCCGGUGGAAAAUAACUUAGAUCAUCUCCUUCGGCUUCACUUCUGUGACUAUUGGAAUUCAAUAAGUGGCCUUACAUACUUUGAACUUUCCAUUUCCAACGCCCAUGUCAUGCAGAUAAAUAGUGACGUAAAUGUGUCUAACUUGUUGCCUGCCCCUUAUUAUUAUGAUUUUGUGGUGAAGUCUGAUGGCUUUGGGAAUAUUCGGGUCAGCCUAACACCUAAUGGAACCGCUGAAAUACCAAAUGCAUUUCUAAACGGGCUAGAAAUAAUGAAAGUGAUUGAGCAAUCAAAUUCUGUUCCCCCUGACCUGGAAUCUGAUUCCAGUCAUAAUAGUCUUCCCGUGGUGCUGGGUUCAGUUCUCGGAGGUUUAGUCUUGGUUUUUGUUAUGACGCUACUUGGUUUUCUUUGGUGUUUUAAAAUGAGGAAGGAAAAGCCCGUUGAAAAUUCGGACUGGUUGCCAAUUCCCGUUAAUGCUGGAGGGAGUUCUCACAGCAGAUUGACUGAUAUAACCAGUCAUGGCUCUCCCCUUCCCAACAUAAACCUUGGGCUCAAACUUUCCUUGAUUGAUCUUCAAUUGGCGACAAAGAACUUCCACGCAAGUCAGCUAAUUGGCAAGGGUGGUUUUGGCAACGUCUACAAGGGAGUUCUCAGGAAUGGCAAUAUAGUGGCUGUGAAAAGAAGUCAGCCGGGUUCAGGUCAAGGACUUCCAGAAUUUCAGACAGAGAUCAUGGUUUUGUCUAAGAUUCGGCACAAGCAUCUUGUUUCCUUAAUUGGGUAUUGUGAUGAGAAGUUGGAGAUGAUACUGGUUUACGAAUACAUGGAAAAAGGGACACUCAGGGACCAUUUGUAUAAUACAAACUUGCCAAGCUUGUCCUGGAAGGUGAGGCUACAAAUUUGCAUUGAUGCUGCCAGAGGACUUCACUACCUUCACAAAGGAGCAGCUGGGGGAAUCAUUCACCGUGAUGUGAAGUCCACAAACAUAUUGCUUGAUGAGAACCAUGUUGCUAAAGUUGCUGAUUUUGGUCUUUCAAGGUCAGGUCCUCUUGAUCCUCAACCUUAUGUCAGCACUGGUGUUAAAGGCACUUUUGGGUAUCUUGAUCCUGAGUAUUUCAGGUCGCAACAGCUGACAGAAAAAUCUGAUGUCUAUUCAUUUGGGGUUGUUCUUUUGGAAGUGUUGUGUGCAAGAGCAGUGAUUGACCCAUCUCUUCCAAGAGAUCAGAUAAACUUGGCUGAAUGGGGAUUGCUUUGCAAAAACAAGGGGACACUCCAAGAGAUCAUCGAUCCUUCCAUCAAGGACCAAAUUGAUCAAAACUCACUCAGAAAAUUUAGUGAGACGAUAGAAAAAUGUUUGCAAGAUGAUGGUUCUGAUAGGCCAACGAUGGGUGAUGUGUUGUGGGACUUGGAGUAUGCGCUGCAGCUUCAGAGAGGUGCAAAUGCAAUACAGAGAGAGCCGUACGAGGAUAGUUCUAGUAGUGUUUCUGCAUCACUUCAGUUGCCCAAUGUUCGGCGUCUUCCUUCACUCUCCACACUAAGUGAAAUGGAUGAUACCAUUGUGAGGGGUGAUGAUUCCCAUAGUGCUGUGGAUUCCGUUUUCUCCCAGUUGGAAAUAGACGAUGCCAGAUAA